ACUGUUCUCCCCCCCCCCCCCCCCUUCUUUUAUCUAAUAGAUGAUUGGGCCAUCUGCAGCUCCUGCUUCUCCUCCUCCUAAACCUAUUUCAUGUCCGUCUCUCCCCAAGCCCUCUGCUCUUUCCUGUCUGCUGUGUCCUGUCCCUGAAGCUCAGCCUCAGCCCAAGCAGUGUAACGGACAUUCUGAGUCCGAGCAGAUGACUCACGAUCACCACGGGCAAAAAAGUCGAUCCGAGAUCAAGCGUGUACAAUGCCUCGAUCCUUCCAAACAGAGGACAGUGGGAAAGGUUUCCUCUGUGAUUGGUGUUAAAGCUGCCACUCUGGCCAUCCUUUACGAAACCGAUCACAGACCCAACAAGCCUUACACUCUCUCACUGACCGAGGCCAGGAGAUGCCAGGAUUCUGGUUCGGUAAAUGUACUGAACUAACUGGCUGAAUUUCAUAACUGCUUUGUGUCCUUCACCGUUUAAUCAGCACAGCGAUUAACCCUCAUGUGCCAUAAUCCGGUUUAUAUAACGUAUUUUGUUUUUGGUCUACAGGAAAGUUUUAGUGUAAGCAUUCACCUGCUUGAGCUUUUCCACAUUUUGUAGUGUUAAAACCUGGAACUGAAAUGGACUUAAGUGGGAUUAUGUGUCAUGAGUCUACAAAAAAAGAAUAUUUCUGCAAGGCAUGGUAACCGGCAUCUCUGCACAGUUCACUCACUAGGAAGGAAACCAAGUCAGGGAGAUUAUUUUUGAUGAAAAUACACCAUUAUAGAGAAACUUACCAAGUCAGAACUAACCACAAAGUUAGGUUACAAGCCUGGAAAUCUUUUUCCUACAGAAAGUCAUUACACAAAAUGGUCACAGAUACAUGGUCGUUAGACGCUGUUUUAUGAAUGCGAUAAGGAAAAUACAGUACCUAAAUAAAACCAGUGGUUCGUGCAUGGGUCGGAAAAGGAUUUUAUUUAGAGUAACAGAUUUCCAGACAUGAAAUUAUUUCAGAUUCUGGAAAUAGAUUUUCUGCUGAUUUAAAGCUCCAUACACUAAGCUUUGAAAUCUGUUGCUUCAAGAUGUGUUGUAAUUUUCUUGAUUUUCAAAGCAUAUAGAAUAGCAGGAAAAUAAGCUAGAAUGUCUGAAAGGUUUAUUAAACCAGUCUAGAAAAAGACCCCUCUUGUUUUUGCCUGGAGGGUUCAUCCUAGGAAAAAGAGUGUUCGUUAAAAAGAAAAAAAAAUAAUAAUUGGUACAAUUUUCUUAAACACUAUUCAUGGCAUCACCAGUGAAUCAUGCUGAAAUUGUUUAUAAUUA